AUUCCUAAAGUGGGUUUCUUAGUUCAAGAGCCUCUGGAAUCUUCUCGUAUCCACUAUGAACACCUCUCACCUCCUGGGCUUGCUGCUCCUGGGAUCUCUACAGGGUGAAAAUAGGAGCAACCCAAAUGUCAUCCUAUACAACUUCUCUGACCACUGCCAGGAUUCUGUGGAUCUGUUUGUCUUCAUCAUCACUUCCUAUAGCAUCGAGACCAUCGUAGGGGUUCUGGGUAACCUCUGCCUGAUGUGUGUGACUGUGCGGCAGAAGGAGAAGACCAACGUGACCAACCUGCUCAUUGCCAACUUGGCUUUCUCCGACUUCCUCAUGUGCCUCAUCUGCCAGCCACUCACAGUCAUCUAUACCAUCAUGGACUAUUGGAUCUUUGGGGAGGCUCUCUGCAAGAUAUUAGUCUUCAUCCAGUGCAUGUCAGUGACAGUUUCCAUCCUCUCCCUUGUCCUCGUGGCCCUGGAGAGGCAUCAGCUCAUCAUCAAUCCAACAGGCUGGAAGCCCAGCAUCUCCCAGGCCUACCUGGGGAUCGUGCUCAUCUGGCUCAUUGCCUGCUUCCUCUCCCUGCCCUUCCUGGCCAACAGCGUCCUGAAGAAUGUCUUCCACAACAACCAUUCCAAGGCUCUGGAGUUUCUGGCAGAUAAGAUGGUCUGUACUGAGUCCUGGCCCCUGGACCACCACCGCACCAUCUACACCACCUUCCUGCUGCUCUUCCAGUACUGCAUCCCUUUGGUCUUCAUCCUGGUCUGCUACGUGCGCAUCUACUGGCGCUUGCGGAGGCAGGAGCGCGUGUUCUGCAAGAGCGCCUACAGCUCGCGAGCUGGGCAAAUGAAGAGGAUCAAUGGGGUGCUUGUGGCCAUGGUGGUGGCCUUUGCCAUGCUGUGGCUUCCUCUGCACGUGUUCAACAGCCUGGAAGACUGGCACCCCGAGGCUAUCCCCAUUUGCCACGGCAACCUCAUCUUCUUGGUGUGCCACCUGCUCGCCAUGGCUUCCACAUGUGUCAACCCUUUCAUCUACGGCUUUCUCAAUACCAACUUCAAGAAGGAGAUCAAGGCUCUGGUGCUGACUUGCCAGCACAGCACCCCUCUGGAGGAGUCUGAGCAUCUGCCCCUAUCCACAGUGCACACAGAAGUCUUGAAAGGGCCCCUGAAGUUAAGUGGCAGGUCCAACCUCAAAUAGGCAGGUCUAGGGCUUCUCCCUGCCAUGUUCCUUGCCAGCCUCUUUCACUUGCUUAGUGGGCACACUGCAAGAUGGGAGUGGUGCCCCAUCAUUACUGGUUUUGUGGGGCCCAGAUGGGCUGGCAAGAGCCUGUUUAUGCAUCCAUUUGCAUUGUGAAGACUGGCAUUCAGAUGGUUCAGCUAUUUUUUUCUUGGGAGAAUUCUGAGUCCAGAUUCUGCAGGUCCCAGUGAGUUUUGCAACUUGAACUGCGGGAUGCCAGAGCUGGAGAUGUCUGCUGAUGACAGGCAGGGUUCAUUCUGGUAACUCAGCAACAGAUGCCUGGCCUGAGAACCCAGAGAUUUUGCCUCUACCAGUAAGACCACGAGGGCACUGUGUGGUGAGGGAAAAAGCAGUCGAAGUCAGAGC